AUGCCCGGUGAGUUCGCAUUGGUAGCAUCAAAUGAAUUUGUCAUCCUGUUCCAGAGAUUCUCGAGCUUCAGUCGCCUGGUGAGGACCACCGCCUGGGUCCUGAGGUUUGCGCGACGGUGCCGCAAACAGAGAAGCGAGCUCGAGGAAUAUGGACUCACUCCAACGGAGUGUGAGGCCGCGGAGAACCUGUUAAUCAGGCAGGCCCAAUUGGAGUCGUUUCCCGACGAGAUGGGGUCGGCGGAACGCGGAAAGGACGUCGCCAACUCGAGCGAGAUUCGAAGUCUGGCGCCUUACGUGGACAAAUAUGGAGUUCUGCGAGUUUAUGGCAGAGUCGAUGCCGCGCUGUCCAUGCCGUACAGUGCGAGGAGGAUACUGUCACACAGGCACAGUCUUACGGAGAUGGUAGUAAGACACUACCACGCCCAGAUGAAGCAUCAAAACGUGGAUGCGACGAUUGCCCAGAUCCAGACGAGAUUGUGGGUCACGAAGAUAAGACGAGUGCUGAAGGAGGUAAUCUUGUCGUGCAACGAAUGCAAGCUACAACGGACGCGGUCGAUGCCGCCGCUAAUGGGACCCCUUCCAGAGUAUCGCUUGGAAGCUGGAGGAUGGCCAUUCAAGUACACUACUACUUUGGGCCACUGCUGGGCGAUUCAUCUGGAGCUGGCGCAUGACCUGUCAACGGAUUCCUGUAUAAUAGCGAUCAGGAACUUCGUCUGCCGUAGAGGACCAGUACGUAAACUGCUGAGUGACAACGGCAAGAACUUCGUGGGAGCUGACAGGGAGGCCAGGCGAUUUGGAGACGUUUUCGAGACGGAAAGGAUACAGAGUGAGUUAUCCAGCAGGAGCAUUGAAUGGGUCUUUAAUUGCCCAUCCAACCCGUCUGAGGGCGGAGUAUGGGAGCGAAUGGUGCAGUGCGUCAAGCGAGUGCUGCGCCAUACCCUGAAGGAAGUCGCGCCGAGGGACCAUGUUAUGGAGAGUCUCCUAAUAGAGGCGGAAAACAUAGUCAAUUCGCGUCCGGUCACCCACUUGCCACUGGAUGCGGACCAAGAGGCGCCGUUGACGCCAAACGACCUGCUCAAGGCAGCUAACCAGCCGGAUACGCCCGGAUGGGAUGUGGAGCUGCCCAAGGAGGGUUCUACGCAAAAGCAGUGGAGGAUUGCCCGCAUGCUGCGGGACCGCUUCUAG